AGCUCAUGUCUGGUUCUUAAUCAAGCUCCAGCCUUAAAAUUCUGUCUUUUUCCCCUUUUGUCGCCAUAUCUAUACUUGGUGGGUUUUUUUUCUCUUUCAAUCGUGUUUUUUCCCGGAAGAUUUCCUCAGAUUUUCCUUGUACUUUGUUUGACUAUGGAUUGAUCGGCUAAUCUUAUACUAAUCUUUAAUAUUGUUGGAGUUUUCUUCCUAGAUACGAUGUUGUAUUUGGUUCCCUUUUGGAUAGCUUUUUUAGUGGGAGUACUAGUUGGUUGGGCUUGGAAGCCGGACUGGACGGGCCAGGUAACACGGAAAUUGAGUCGCUGUCUAACCAAAUCACUGAAAUUCUCGUUGCCCUGGUCAUGUUUCAGCUCCUUGAAAAUGCAGUCAGACGGUUGUGAAUCUUGGCCCAUUGAUGAUGGAAACCAAGGGAAACCGCUCUUUUCUCCUUCUGAUUAUGAAAGUUGCAGUAGCAGAUGCUCCACAUCAGUGGUUAACGAAGGUCGUUCAAGUGUUGUAACUGGGGAGGAUUUGAAGCAUUUAUGGCAGCUUGUUGAGAUGAGGGACGGAGGUCCUACAUGGAUACAUAUGAUGGAUCGUUCUACUCCAAAUAUGAGCUAUCAUGCAUGGCGGAGAGACCCAAAUACUGGCCCUCCUCAGUACCGGACCAAAACUGUCUUCGAGAAUGCAACUGCAAAGAUGGUUAGGGACUUCUUCUGGGACGAUGAGUUCCGACCCAAGUGGGAUGACAUGCUUGCGUAUUCUGCGACCAUAGAAGAGUGUUCUACAGCAGGGACCAUGGUUGUUCAGUGGAUAAGAAAGUUUCCAUUCUUUUGCAGUGACAGGGAAUACAUAAUAGGUCGACGGAUAUGGGAAGUGGAUGGAUCUUACUACUGUGUGACAAAGGGAGUCUCAAGGCCUUCCAUUCCGCGACGUAGCAAACCUAGACGUGUGGACCUGUACUACUCAAGUUGGUACAUCCGAGCAGUGGAAUCAAGAAGAGGUAAUGGUCAACUGACUGCCUGUGAGGUUUUACUCUUCCAUUAUGAAGACAUGGGCAUCCCAUGGGAAAUAGCUAAGCUCGGAGUGCGACAGGGGAUGUGGGCAACGGUGAAGAAAAUCGAGCCCGGGUUACGUGCUUACCAAAAAGAAAGAGAAUCUCUAUCUUCUCUAUCUCAGUCCGCGUAUAUGGCUCAAAUCAACACCAAAAUAAGGGUCGACUACUUGAGAUCUUUGGCAAGCAAUGUAGAUUUAUCGAAGUCUGAUAUAGGAGAUACUUCCGAAAACCCUCUGGCUCCUAAUAUUUCAAGGGCACUAAUAUACGGUGGUCUGAUUGUUCUUGCUUGUAGCCUGGAUCAUCGGGUGUUGAGCAAGGUAUUUAUCUUUGGUACGGGUAGAAGGCUUGCAAACAGGGGAAAUGGACUGAAUUAGAGCGCCGCAAGGCGUAGGCUUAUAUUUUUUAAAUGAUAGAGGCAGAGGUUGUGUAUAUAUGUUUUACGUAUAUGUAUAUUCAUAAUUUAAGAGAGCUUGAUUGAUGGCUUUAUAAACUAACGCCGGGAAUUCCCACAUGGAAGCAGCUGAACCACUGGCGCAUAACUAUUGCUGUUAUGCUCAGCCACUUUCAUUUAGGAU